AUGCGUCCUCCUCUCCGUAUCGCCGUCCUUGAAUGUGACUCCCCACCAACAAAUGCAAACGCAGAGUAUGGUGGAUAUCACGGCGUCUUUUCAUACCUCCUGAAGAAUUGUGCAAAGUCUCUGGGCCAGCCGGAUAAGUUAGAUCCCGAGUCUGGUCUUGACAUCUCCCGCUGGGAUGUUGUCUUUGCACAGGACUAUCCGAAAUUGGAGGAUGUAGAUGCACUUCUUCUGACCGGGUCCAAAUACAACUCUUUCGACAACGAUCCUUGGAUCCUUAAACUGGUCGAGUACACCAAACAGGCUAUAGAAAACCAACGCGUGAAGAUUCUGGGUAUUUGCUACGGACACCAGAUCAUUGGACGAGCGCUCGGGUGCAAGGUCGGUCGGAGUGAUGCGGGGUGGGAGGUUGCAGUAUGCGAUGUGGAUUUGACCGAUCAGGGCAAGGAGUUGUUUGGGAAAGAUAAAUUGCGCAUUCAACAAAUGCAUCGCGAUAUCGUCUUUGACUAUCCCUCCAAUGUCGUUCCGCUCGGAUCGUCCCCACGUUGUGCUGUACAGGGUAUGUACAGGCCUGGGCAUUUCAUAACUGUCCAGGGUCAUCCGGAGUUCAGAGAAGAUAUUGUAUCUGAGGUCGUUAAGCUACGGAUGCAAACCGGAGUCUUUUCUAAAGAACAAGGGGAGGAAGCCUUGAGUCGAGCAGGGAAGGAACACGACGGUACUGCCAUCGGUACUGUUAUGCUGAAAUUCCUGCUUGGAGAAAUUGAAUAG